AUGUUAUCAUUAUCUUCAUCAAAUAAUGACGACAAUGAUUCAAAUAUCAUUGAUUUAUUGUAUGAUUUAUAUAAAGAAAAUAAAAUAGAAAAAGUUCAAAGUAUUCUACCAUAUAUUGAUAAAAUAAGUAUUAUAAAUAAAAUUCAAAAUUCAACUGGUUCUACAUGUUUGCAUGUGGCAUAUUAUUAUGGACAUCAACAUAUGGUACCACUUUUAUUAGAAUACGGAAUUCUACAUUCCAUUAGAAAUUUACGACACAAUUUAACACCUUAUGGAGAAACAUAUACAGAUGGUAUAAAACAGAUGUUUGUAGAACAUAGCAAAUUAUUUUCAAAUAAUAAGUUUGAUUAUGAUUAUAUUGCAUGGUCAGUAGUAGGAGAUGAUCUUCUUGAAAAACGACGUGAAUUCCAUCAAGCUAUUGAUUUAUAUAAAACCUAUGAUAAUCAUAAUUUCGUAUCAAAAUUAUUACUUGAAGUUAUUCAUUAUUAUUUAAAUGAAUAUCUGAUAAAUGAAAGUAAUGAUCAUGGUAAUCCAGAAGAUGAAAUCACUCGUAAACAAAUUGAAACUAUUGAAGCAUAUUUUAAAGAAGCUAUAGAAAAACAAGAUUAUUUAACAUAUUUUAUAAAAGUUAAUAUAUUAACAAAUCUUUUUUUUGAAGUAUUAAAUAAACAUUUGGCUCUGUAUAUAUUACAAUAUUUUGAUAAAACAAAAGACUUUUCAUCAAAUUAUCGUCUUUGA